UGCAGUCGUUGCGAAGGCUUCAUUUAGAAAGUGUGCUUCAGCAGCGUCAAUAUUGUGAUGUGCCACGCGCUUUGCUUGGCUCAUUUUUUGUGUGGUAUAUUUGGGCUCCGCGAAAGAUAAUAUUCAAAAUCUGUAUAAAGACGGUCAUGUGUUUUGGUGCGUGAGGAUCAAGCUUGAACUUUCGCGACAAAUUGCGGAAGCCAGUCGAUGUAAAUCACAGCGAUCAAGUGGGUUUUUUUCCUGCUGAUUUGCAAUCUGCUUUGCGAACAAGCGGAAGUUUGUGAUAAAAGUGAGAGUUGUAGUUCGGUGUGGAGUGUUAUUUGUUUUCCAGCGAGUGCUCCGUGGUUAACCGUUUAUUGACUUUUCGAGUGCCUCUGCUCGGUUAAGUGUUAAAAUAAUUACGAUCUUUCUGUACACGUGGAUUACGGACAAAUUUCAGUGAUCACAAUGUUCGUAAAACGAAGAAAGUUUGCUAACACGAACAACAAUGUCGUAUUGAACAAUCCCAACUACGAUAAUAAUGGAAACCAACAUGCGGUAAAAAUGCGCUGUAGUAAGCAUAAGAACUGCAAGGGUGACACGGAUGAGUGCCUGCAAGUUGCAACAAAUGUCACUGAGCAAAAGCAUAACGUUACCCGCGAGGUCCGCGGUCAAAAUUUGGGCCUAUGCCGUGGAUUUCGUGGGUGUACCGUGUGGCUGACGGGAUUAAGCGGUGCCGGCAAGACGUCUAUCGCUUUCGAGCUGGAAGCUUACCUCGUGUCCAAAGGCAUCCCAGCGUACGGUCUAGAUGGUGACAACAUACGGACGGGAUUGAAUAAAAAUCUCGGAUUUUCGCAAGUCGACCGCGAGGAAAAUAUUCGGCGAGUAGCCGAAGUAGCGAAAUUGUUUGCUGAUAGCGGUGUAGUGUCGAUAUGCAGUUUCGUUUCACCGUUCGCUGAAGAUCGGGAAAUGGCCCGAAAAAUCCAUAAAGAUGCGGAUUUGAAAUUUUUUGAAAUUUAUGUAGAUACUCCGUUGGAGGUAUGUGAGUCGCGUGAUGUGAAAGGUUUGUACAAAAAAGCCCGCCAAGGAGUCAUUCAGGGAUUUACCGGCGUGACACAGGCAUAUGAAGCACCAGAAAAUCCCGACUUGGCUGUUUCUACCGAAGAGGUCACUGUCCGACAAUCGACUUACAAAGUGAUAAAGCUACUAGAAGAUGAGAAUAUUAUACCAAAGUUCAUAAAAGACGAUGAACCGAUUCCAGAGUUGUUCGUCCCGGAUGAAUUGGUAGCCUCUGUUGAAGCGGAAGCGAAAACACUUCCAUCACUCUCGAUAACGACGGUUGAGUUGCAGUGGCUACAAGUGUUGGCCGAAGGCUGGGCAUAUCCACUCAAGGGAUUCAUGCGUGAGAAAGAGUAUUUACAGACACUGCAUUUCAACUGCAUGUUGAAUGAGGACGAAACGAUUCGUGAAAAUCAGUCCAUUCCAAUAGUAUUAUCAAUCAGCGAGGAUGAUAAAAACAAACUAGAUGGAGUUAGUGCACUGUCUCUAUCGUACGAGGGCCGCUUGGUGGCGGUUAUGAGAAAACCAGAGUUUUACUAUCAACGGAAAGAGGAGAGAUGUGCGAGACAGUUUGGCACCAGUCACGAGAACCAUCCUUACAUUAAAAUGAUAAUGGAAUCUGGUCAGUAUUUGGUUGGUGGUGAUGUGGAAGUUUUGAAGCGCAUUUACUGGAAUGAUGGAUUAGAUAGCUAUCGUUUGACACCCAAUGAACUGCGUAGGAAAUUUCAGGAGGUUAAAGCCGAUGCAAUUUUCGCCUUCCAGUUGCGGAACCCUAUUCACAAUGGACACGCUUUGCUGAUGAGUGACUGCCGACGACAGUUAUUAGAGCGGGGGUACAAAAAUCCGGUGCUAUUGUUGCAUCCGCUUGGUGGCUGGACUAAAGAUGACGAUGUCCCGCUGCCAGUGAGGAUGGCCCAGCACCGGGCCGUUUUAGAUUCUGGUGUUUUGAAGCGCGAGCAUACGGUUUUGGCGAUUUUCCCUUCGCCCAUGAUGUAUGCUGGUCCUACGGAGGUGCAGUGGCAUGCCAAAGCAAGAAUGAACGCUGGAGCCAACUACUACAUUGUGGGUCGCGAUCCAGCCGGAAUGCCACAUCCUGAUAAGCAAAUGUAUCCGGACGGUAACCUGUACGAUGGAACGCAUGGUGCCCGCGUGCUAAAAAUGGCCCCUGGAUUGGACAGCAUCGAGAUUCUUCCAUUCCGCGUUGCCGCGUACGAUAAAACCGAGUCGAAAAUGGCAUUCUUUGAUCCAAGCAGGAAAAGUGACUUCGACUUUAUUUCCGGAACUCGAAUGAGAGCUCUUGCGCGCUCCGGUCAGGACCCUCCGAAUGGAUUUAUGGAACCAAAGGCGUGGAAAAUUCUUUCCGAGUACUACCAGUCGUUGAAGGGUGGUGAUAAUUGAUAUUCAUCUGCGUUUGUGUUCAUUCUACACAGAGAGCGUCAUUCGAACAGCAGCGAUAAAUGCCUACGAUUGAGUUUAAGUCAUAAGUUUUGUUUUAGAAUUUUACACGCCAUGUUUCGUUUAUUGCAUGCAUACCUAUAAUUCUCAGAUUUGUUGAAGGUAUAUCAAUUUUAUGCUGUUAUGUUAUUUUAUCGUGGCAUCAAAUUUGAUUCGGAUGAAUAAACAAGAAUAACUACUGGAAA